AUGGCGUCUGAUCUCAGCUCGUGCGAACCUCCGCCCUGCGCUGGCGCCUUCUUCAGCUCACCCUCUUUAACGCUAGAUCUGGUCGCACAGCUCUGCGAGCUCGAGCCCCGCAAGGCGCUGUCCAGGGUGUCCCUCGCCUCGCGGCGCGCCGCCCUCGCGGCAUGCAGCAGCCUCGAGUUGCACUCCCGCGUCCCCCUGAGCACCCAGCUCGCUUGCGCCGCAGUGUUCAGGGAACAUGGCGCACACCUACGCAGCCUGCAUAUCGAACCAGCUCGUUGGUCGUCCGACAGGGAACAGAACGCGAGGAGCAACGCGGCGGCCUUGGCGCUGCCCCGCCUGGCCGCAAUAGAGACUCUCAACUUCUCCAAGUGCGAGCACGAAGCAACCCCAGACGACAUGGCGGCCCUGUCUGCACUGAAGGGCCUGCGGGAGUUGUACCUGUGUGAUAUGGUGCUCCCUGAUACCGGCUGCCUCGCCGCGCUGCGGCAUCUUGAGGUCCUCAGGUUGAGCAGUGCCAGCGUUGACCCUCGGCUCCGCGACACCCUCGGCCAUCUGCGAUGCCUUACACGCCUCCACCUGCACGAUAUGAGGUUGGAAGGCGGCGGCAAGGGGCGGUUGGACGCGACCCCGCUAUUGGCGCGCGCCGCCAGCCUGCGUGCCCUUUCAAUAUCGCCAGGUGGUGAGAGUCAUCGCAACAAGGUCCGUGUGAUGAAUGAGUGCGCCGUCAAGCUCAUGCGCUUCCUGCUAGGCCUCAAGUUUCUUUCGCUUGAAAAGUGUCGGAUUUCGCCAAUAGGCGCAUGCAGGCUGGCUGGCUGGGUGAGUCUGGAGCACCUGGAGUUGUUUGGGGACCGCAUUGGUGAUGCUGGUGCAGCCGCUUUGACCUCCAUGACCGCGCUCACCAAGCUUGACCUGCACGACAACAACAUUGGUACGCCUGCCGUCAAGGCCCUGGCGUGUUUGACCAACCUGGUGUCCCUUGAUGUGGGGCGCAACCGGCUUAUUGAUGAUGAGGGCGCCAAGGCGCUUGCACGCAUGACGCACCUCACUGCACUUGAU